UGUGCCCAUUGAUUUGUAGGUGGUGACAUGGGAAAGAAUGUGAAUCCAGCGCAGAUGGCCAAACUGAACCAGCAGAUGGCAAAGAUGAUGGACCCCAGAGUCCUACAGCAGAUGGGUGGAAUGAGUGGUCUUCAGAACAUGAUGAGACAAUUCCAGCAGGGGGCAUCCAUAUGCCGGGGUUCAAGGGAAAAUGACUUUCAUUCAAGCAUAUUUUCAUGUCACUCUGCUGUUUUCCCCCAUUAUUUCAGCUCAAUUUGCCACAUGAGGCAA